AGAUUUGGAGAGAGGUGGUAGUGAUAUACGGCUUAUACGUUCAACUUAAUGUUCUCAAGUCUCAGUCUUUCGCUUUCUCCAGUUCCAGGAGCUACAUAAUCGUUUUAUAGUGUCGUCACGUGACUAUAUUUUCAAAUUUGGAACCUUUCGUCGGUUUCAACAAAGUCACGAACGACAUUAUUAUGGAGGACUUUUAAAACAAAACAUUUAAAUAGACAUAUACAAAAACAACAAAAAUGCAGAAACAUUUGCCUGACAAUUAACAUAACUAUCUCCAUUAUGAGACAUAAAGAGAGAAAUUCAAAGAAACAAUUCCAAAGGACAAUUAAAUGAAAGAAGAAAAAAAGAAGAAAAAAAAGAAGAAAAGUGUUUGUAAAUUAAAUGUGACUCGAUAAUAUGGCAAUUUUAGGCGCGUCAUUAGGUGCAUUAAAAGCGGCAGCCUUAAUAUUUGGAGUGGCAAAACCAAUAUUUAUUUCAAUUCUAAUUGCAAUUAUCACCUAUUAUAAUUAUGACAUGGUGGACCCUGAGAAACAUCCAAAAGUGACGAGGAAUUUGAGAAAGGAAUAUGAUUUUAUUGUCGUUGGCGCCGGUUCAGCGGGGAAUAUUGUUGCAAAUCGACUCACCGAGAAUCAAAAUUGGAAUGUACUUUUACUAGAGGCCGGUGGUCAUGAAACGGAAAUCACCGAUGUUCCAAUAUUAUCACUCUAUUUACAUAAAAGUAAAUUGGAUUGGAAAUAUCGAACUCAACCGCAAGCCUCCGCUUGUCAGGCGAUGGUUGAUAAAAGGUGCUGUUGGACUCGAGGAAAAGUAAUUGGCGGUUCAAGUGUAUUGAACACGAUGCUGUACAUACGAGGCAAUCGUCGUGAUUUCGAUCAAUGGGAAAGUUUCGGAAAUCCUGGCUGGGGAUAUGAAGAUGCACUUUAUUAUUUCAAAAAAUCGGAGGAUCAAAGAAAUCCGUAUUUGGCACGAAAUAAACGUUAUCAUGGAACUGGAGGUUACCUCACAGUACAAGAUGCUCCGUAUAACACACCGUUAGGCGCAGCGUUUCUGCAGGCAGGCGAAGAAAUGGGUUACAAUAUUGUCGACGUGAAUGGAGAGCAACAGACCGGAUUCGCCCUCUACCAAUACACCAUGAGACGUGCAACACGUUGUAGUUCGGCGAAAGCGUUCAUUCGACCCAUUCGACUGAGGCCCAACUUCCACCUUGCACUCUGGACACAUGUGACCAGAGUUCUCAUCGACCCAACAACCAAACGUGCUUAUGGCGUUGAAUUCAUAAGAGACGGCACAAAGCAGGUAGUCUAUGCGAAGAAAGAGGUCAUCCUAUCGGCCGGAGCCAUCAAUUCGCCACAACUUUUAAUGUUGUCUGGAAUUGGUCCAAGGGAUCAUCUUUUGCAAAAGGGCAUUCAUGUUGUAAAGGAUUCACCAGGAGUUGGCCAAAACGUGCAGGACCACAUCGCAGUAGGUGGCCUCGCAUUCCUGAUAGACUAUCCAAUUAGCAUAGUAAUGAAUCGCCUGGUGAAUGUGAAUUCAGCUCUUCGUUACGCCAUAACGGAAGAUGGACCCCUAACAUCCAGCGUCGGUCUGGAGGCUGUCGCUUUCAUAUCAACAAAAUACGCGAAUCAAAGUGACGAUUGGCCAGACAUUGAAUUCAUGUUGACGUCGUCGUCGACGAAUUCCGACGGUGGCACCCACGUGAAAAAUGCUCACGGUCUCACUGACGAAUUCUACAACGAAGUAUUCAGCGAAAUCAACAACCACGACGUAUUCGGAGUAUUUCCCAUGAUGCUGCGACCAAAGUCAAGAGGGGUCAUUAAAUUACGAUCGAAAAACCCCCUCGACUAUCCUCUCAUGUAUCACAACUACCUGACCCAUCCUGACGACGUGAAUGUCCUCCGCGAAGGCGUCAAGGCUGCAAUAGCUUUGGGCGAGACGGCAACAAUGAAACAGUUUGGUGCAAGAUUCCACAAGAAGCCUCUGCCGAAUUGUAAGCAUCUACCUCUCUACACUGACGACUACUGGAAUUGUGUUAUUCGACAGUAUACGAUGACAAUUUAUCAUAUGAGUGGUUCUGCAAAAAUGGGACCAGCUUUCGAUCCAAUGGCGGUUGUGGAUCCAGAACUUCGAGUCUAUGGAACACAAGGUUUGAGAGUGAUUGAUGCAUCCAUAAUGCCAACUAUCACCAGUGGGAAUAUUAACGCUCCAGUGAUGAUGAUCGCCGAGAAAGGGUCGGACUUAAUAAAAGAAUAUUGGAUGUCAAGAUCAAAGAGAAGUAGUCUAACUAAUUUUACUGCAAGUGCCGGAUGAGCGAACAUGUUACUUUUUACUUAAAGAAUUUUUUGGGUGCAUUUCAAUCUUUGCGACAAUGUGCCAUUAGCUUGUGACCAUAAGUUACCACAGAUAAGCUCUUUAAUAAUUUACAUUCUGUUUUCCUAUUUUAUCUAUAAAUUCGAAAGUUUUUCCUGACCAUCAUCCAUCAUAGAUAAAAAUCAACUCUAAUCAAAAUAUACUUGUAAAUCAAGGGGACAAUUUCUAUGUAAAUAUUUCGUUGUAGUUUGUCUUUCCUUGACUUUAUUUAUUUUCACUUUUCCGUAGAAAUAAUAUUUUCCUUUUUCAUUCAUGACAAACGUAUAAAAUGUAUAUUGAACCGUCUCUAAGUUGACAGAAAAAACAAAGACAAGUGGACCAAGAAGGAUAACAAAUCUUUAAUUUUAUUCUACGGAAUGUGAUCAAUUAUUUAAGUUUUUGAUAACACUUUUUUUAUUAUUGUACUAAAGAAAAAUAAUAAAAAAAAGUAUUAUUAUUAUUAUUA